UAACUUGCACGAAAACUUCAUAUAUGGGCAAUAAUUUUGAUAAAUUUGUUAUUGAAAAUAAGGUUGAAAAUAAAUUAAUAAUCAACUUGACAAAUUAAAACUAUCAUAUUUUUGAUAGCCUAAUAUUUUGAGUAUUUUAUUUCAGUCAACUGAUAGUAUUCUUGAUGGGCUGUUAUUUAAUUGAAAAUGUUGUUUAUUAGUUAUUAACGGACUUAGAAAGACAGCUAGAAAGAAAGAAUUAGACGUAUUCAUAAUGGCUGCACGCAAAGGCAAACGAAAUCUAAAACUUCAAGUUUCUGAAGAAACUGUUCCUAUAACACCGCCAAGAAAUCUUGAUAAGCGAACGACAAUUACAAUAGAAGAUAAAACUUUUGAAGUAGAGGCCGAUGAUCUUGAAACUUUAUGUAUACUUGGCAGAGGAGCAUAUGGAGUUGUUGAUAAAGUAAAGCAUAAACAAAGUGGUACCAUAAUGGCGGUAAAACGAAUAACAGCAACAGUAAAUACACAAGAGCAAAAGAGAUUACUGAUGGACUUGGAUAUUUCAAUGCGCAGCUCAGAUUGCCCGUACACAGUACAAUUUUAUGGUGCAUUAUUUAGAGAAGGUGAUGUUUGGAUUUGUAUGGAAGUCAUGGAUAUGAGUUUAGAUAAGUUUUAUAUGAAAUCUUAUAAAAAUGGAUGUUCCAUACCUGAAGAUAUUCUAGGAAAAAUAGCAUUUGCAGUAGUGAGUGCGCUGCAUUAUCUUUAUUCUCACCUUAGAGUCAUUCAUAGAGAUGUUAAGCCUAGUAAUAUAUUAAUCAAUCGAAAAGGUGAAGUAAAAAUUUGUGAUUUUGGAAUAUCUGGUUACCUCGUUGACUCUGUAGCCAAAACCAUUGAUGCUGGUUGUAAACCUUACAUGGCUCCAGAAAGGAUAGACCCAUCAGGAAAUCCCUCCCAAUAUGAUAUAAGAUCUGAUGUUUGGUCAUUAGGGAUUUCCUUGGUCGAACUGGCAACAGGAAAAUUUCCUUAUGAAUCUUGGGGCACACCUUUUGAACAACUUAAACAAGUCGUUAAAGAUGAUCCACCGAAAUUACCACCAGGACAGUUUUCUGAUGCCUUUAAUGAAGUUAUAACUAAGUGUUUAAUGAAAGACUACACAGCCCGUCCGAAUUAUAGUCAAUUACUUGAGUUAGAUUUUAUAGUCGAACACUCAAAGAAAGAUACCGAUGUAGCUGGAUUUGUCGAUAAAAUAUUAAAUUUACCAGAUCCAGAACCAAAUUCUAAAUAGUAAAACCAGUAAUAAACUCAUUAUUAAUUAGUAGCUGUCAACAUAAACAUGGACGUAAGUUUAGCGCGUUAUAUCUACCGGAUGAGACCUUAUAUUAACUCUGAAUUUUUAUAACCAUCAAUGUCAUUAGUAUGUCAUUUAUUCAGAAAUAAUUACAAGUACGUUGACUCUCAUUAAUUAGCCAUCAUCAUUCUUUCAUUUAUUAGAUGUAUAAUAAAAACUGCUGAUUUAUUAAAUUCUCUUUUUUAUAUUGUUAGUUUAUUAUCGUGUUAUUCAGGUUAAAAAGUCUGUACAUUUCUUGAAAAAAUUUUCUUUAAAAAGUUUGUCAAUAAUUAAACAUGGUUAAAUAUCCAAUGUAAUAUUUUUUUGAUAAUAAUGACUAGAUUUAGAGAAAUAGUUAAAAAUUCUAUAUAAAAUAAUUCAGCAGUGAUAGAAAGUGUACAUAAUUGUAUGAGGUACAACGAAAUUUUUGAAAAAAAUAUAUAUAAAUAAAUAAAUCCACCAAAAUAUAAAAAUUAUUGUUUUAAUUUGUAACAGCAUUCAGUAAGAUUGUUUGAGUCAAUUAGAUUACAAUAAAUAAAUCAAUGAAAAAAUACAUAAUAGAAAGACUGUCAACAAUUGUCAUUUAUGUAAUAUAAUCGUACAGAUAAUGAUACAUAUAAGUAGAGCGUACUAUUGAUAUAAGUAUUAGUCUCUCAUUUAAAAAAAAA